AUGGCUGAGAGCGUGCUGGCCUCGCCCGCGGGCGGCAGGAGCAGCCGGGGCCUGCACAGCGCCAUCAUCCAGUGGCUGGUGGAUAAUUUCUGCAUCUGUGAAGGUUACAGGGUACCUCGCUGUCUCGUGUAUGAGAUUUACAUGGAAACCUGCGGGCAAAACGCUCAGAAUCAAGUCAACCCAGCAACGUUUGGGAAGCUUGUGCACUUGGCAUUUCCUGAUCUCGGAACCAGAAGGCUGGGCGCAAGAGGAGGUGCCAGGUAUCAUUAUGAUGGAAUCUGUAUCAAGAAAAGUUCUUUCUUCUACGCCCAGUAUUGCUACCUUUUAGGUGAAAAGAGGUAUCAGAGUGGAGAUGCCGUUGCCUUUGAAAGAUCUACUAAUUAUAACGUCAUCCAACAAGCAGGCACAUUGGAAAACCAUUUACCAAUAAAGACAGACCCGGUUGGAUCCCCUUUGUCUGAAUUCAGGAGAUGUCCAUUUUGGGAGCAAGAACUGGCAAGGAAAUACUCCUAUAAAAUGAUGGCCUUUCUUGCUGAUGAAUACUGCAACUAUUGUCGAGAUAUUUUACAAAUUGUGGGGGAUUUGCUGACUUCCUUCUGGAAAUCUCUGCAGCAAGACACAGUGGUGUUUAUGUCAUUGCCUGAUGUGUGCCAGCUCUUAAAAUGCUACGAUGUACAGCUGUACAAGGGAAUCGAGGACAUCCUCCUUCAUGACUUUUUGGAAGAUGUUCCUAUUCAGUACCUGAAGUCUGUCAGGUUAUUUAGUAAGAAAUUUAAGCUGUGGCUACUUAAUGCUUUGGAAGGCUUCCCAGCCCUCUUACAGAUUUCCAAACUCAAAGAAGUUACUGUGUUUGUCAAAAGACUGAGAAGAAAGACGUACCUUUCCAACAUGGCAAAGACUAUGAGAACGGUAUUGGAAAAUAACAGGAUAGUCAACGUUUUGAAGUCAGAUCUACAUGCCAUUAUCAGUCAAGGCACUUUGGAUAUUUCGAAGAAAGCCCUGCCAGCUAACCUCAGAGACAUGGAUGAGCUGGAGACCAGCACAGAGAUGAAAUGCUUAAGCAGUUUGAUUUCUUUGCUGGGAACAUCGACGGACCUCAGCGUAUUCCUAAAUUGUCUGUCUUCAAACCUCCAAGCAUUUGUCUUCCAGCCAAGCGGAAGCAAAGAGGAGUUUAUCAAACUGGCCGCCAGCUUCCAGCUCAGUUGGAACUUCCUUCUCACUGCCGUGAGCAAAGCCAUGACCCUCUGCCGCAGGGAUAGUUUUGGCUCCUGGCAUCUGUUUCAUUUGCUGCUUCUGGAAUAUGUGAUUCAUGUACUUCAGUCAUGCCUAGAGGAGGACGUGGAGAAUCUCAGAGAAAUGCUGUCAGAUGACCAGCCUCUCAUCCAGCCGCACCAGGCUCUUUUCCACCCUCCGGAUUCUUCACCAACUCAGGAGUGCGAAGGCCCGACUGUGGAGCCGCCCACGGUGACGCUGAAACACGUGAGCCAGAGCUGGUGUCCCGCAGAUGUGAGCGGCGUGAUUCUCAGGGUCCUGGGCUUCCUUGUGGACGCCGCCACGGGCAUGAAGCUCAUCCAGGUACUGCUGGAAGACAAGGACACCGAGCACACCGUGAGACUCAGCCUUCCUGUGGGGCAAGAGGCCCUCGUAACCCUCAGAGACGGACAAAGAUUUGUGAUCCACGUGUCAGAUGUACCCCAAAGCUCUGAAAAUAUUUAUUUCAGAGAAAGCGAUACUAAUAUGUAA